AUCAAACCAAGGUAAAUUCGAACCUGUAUUUACACCACCUGGAGCCAUCUAAUUCUCUACAAGAUCUGAAUUGCAGGAUUGAAAAAUGACGAACCCUCCCAGUAUUGCAAUUAUUGGAGCUGGCAUCUUCGUUAGAACCCAGUACAUUCCCAGAUUAGCAGAGAUCUCUAAUCUCUUCAAUCUUAAGGCUAUUUGGAGUCGCACUGAGGAAUCUGCGAGAGGAGCAGUGGAGAUAGCGCGGGGUAAGUGUUUCCCGGAAGUGGAGUGUAAGUGGGGUGAUAAGGGUCUUGAUGAGAUUAUCCAAGAUGAGUCAAUUCUUGCUGUUGCUGUGGUUCUCGCUGGACAAAUUCAGGUUGAUAUGUCACUGAAGCUACUGAAGGCAGGGAAGCAUGUUCUGCAAGAGAAACCAGCAGCAGCUUCUAUAGAUGAAAUAGAAACUGUAAUGUCAACCUACAAAACUGUUUGUGCCAAUUCCCCUGGUCAACCAAUUUGGGCUGUGGCAGAGAAUUAUAGAUUUGAACAUGCUUUUGUGGAGGGCAACAAACUGUUGCCUGAAAUUGGGGACAUGAUGACUGUCCAAGUUAUUGUUGAAGGAUCAAUGAAUAGUUCAAACCCUUAUUUCUCAAGCUCAUGGCGGCGCAAUUUUACUGGGGGUUUCAUUCUAGAUAUGGGGGUGCAUUUCAUUGCUGGAUUAAGAAUGCUUGUUGGAUGUGACGUGAUUUCGGUGUCAGCUAAGAUCUCUCAUGUGGACAAAACUUUACCUCCUCCUGAUAACAUAUGCUCUGUCUUUCAGCUGGAGAAUGGAUGUUCUGGGGUUUUUGUAAUGGUUGUAUCCUCAAGAUCACCAAAGAUACAUUGGCGACUUGUUGGCUUAAAGGGAACACUACAAAUUGAUCGGGGAAUGGACAAUGGACAACAUGGUUACAUGGUUUCAUUUUAUGGUGCUGAUGGGCACAGCAAAAAUUGGUUCUACCCAUUCAGUGGAGUAACUGAAGAAUUACAAACUUUUUUGCAUGACGUUUCACAUGCCAACCUUAAGGGAAGUAACUAUGAAAUAGAGCCCCGUCUCUCUUUCAUGGAAGGUGCUAGAGAUGUUGCUGUUCUAGAUGCAAUGCUUGAAUCUGGAAUGAACAAUGGAGCUCAGGUUCAGGUAAAAAAGUUUUAGGCUGAGGACUAUCUCAACACGAUUCUGUUAAGGAUAGGGGGGAGAGAAGAAAAUAAAGAAAUAUCAUUUACAUUUCUUUAGAUUACAUCAUUAAUUUACGCUGUUAAUUUGAAAUGCUGUGUUGUAAUUUGGGGUGGAGAAUGAUUCUGAAACUAACAUUAUGUAAUUGACUUAAUUUUUAAUAACUUCUGGAAAUUGAUAUUGUAAA